AUGGGAUUAUCAGCUCGUUUUCUUGGGUGUUUUCUUUUAGUUGUUCUGUUUGUUGAUUGUGUGGUGUUUGCUGAUGUUAAUGGAGUUGAAGAUGAGAAGUUCCUCUUUGGGCAUAAACGUCCAAAGUAUGGGAAACGUUUUGGACGUAAAGGUUUUGGACAUGGGGGAGGUUUAGGUGGAGGUGCUGGUGGUGGUCUCGGAGGUGGAGGUGGAUUAGGAGGUGGUGGUGGGCUAGGACAUGGUGGAGGUCUAGGUGGUGGUGCAGGUGGAGGUCUUGGUGGCGGUGCAGGUGGGGGUUUAGGUGGAGGAGGUGGUCUUGGAGGUGGUGGUGGACUAGGUGGAGGAGGCGGACUUGGUGGGGGUGGUGGAGUAGGUGGCGGAGCUGGUGGUGGUGUUGGCGGUGGAGCUGGAGGAGGACUUGGUGGAGGUGGUGGAUUUGGUGGUGGUGGUGGAGCUGGUGGAGGAGGAGGCAUAGGUGGAGGUGCAGGUGGUGGUUUUGGCGCAGGUGGAGGUGCUGGAGGUGGUUUAGGUGGAGGUGGAGGCGGAGGCUUUGGUGGUGGUGGAGGUGGUGGCAUUGGUGGUGGUGGUGGUGCUGGAGGAGGGUUUGGAGCUGGUGGAGGCGUUGGCGGAGGUGGCGGUUUAGGAGGUGGAGGUGGUGGUGGCUUUGGUGGUGGAGGAGGCAUUGGUGGUGGUAAGCAUUGA